AUGUUCCCACCCCUUCCACAUAUCUUUGUACGUUGUGAUGUCCCAACAGCGCCCAAGAUAACGUGCAGGGUCGUUCCUAAGCAGAUUUCCUUGAUACGCCGUGAUCGACCGUACACAGGAAGUGCAUAUAAGGUGGCAUGCUCAACGCCGGGUUUUUCAGCGUCACUCCUUUCUCUGCAUCUUUCAGGACCUCUGGGCGACAUCACUCUCGGGAUGCUUUCUCUCUCCGACCCUCUAUCGCUAUAUGCGAUCCCGGCUAUGUGGUUCAUUAGUUAUUAUCCGGUCUUCGCUAGGUCAUACUUGAUAAGAACGACGACUGGUUUCAACAACGUCGCGCCGCGUUCGAACGUUGCUGGCCUCGAAAAAAACAAGAGCGUCUCUCCAGCGUUUGCAGCUCGUAUCGCGCGCAUGCAGGGUGCUCAUGAGGUGGGUUUAGCGCUAUACCGCGGUAGUGGAAGUACUUUCUACACUGUUAAUUCAGAAUGGUCUCGAGAACCUCCCUUUCUUUGGCCUCGCAGUAAUCGCAGGCAACGUCGCGAGGCUUGA